CAGAUUGAUCAAGAGACGUCUACUGCUACGGGUGAGCUGUAUAGCUACAUUUCUGAAGGUAAUUAUUCGUUUAUACUCUUUUAGAUCCAUCACUUAUGAAGUCAUUUACUAAUUAUCCUUCACUCUUCCACCUUACACAGCCCUGAAAUAUGUCGAUAGUUCCUGAGAUGGUCAUGUCAUGAUAGAACACUUUCCUUUCCAUCUCUGCCUCCCUCAAAAAUACCUGCCAUCAAUCACCACAACAGUAUAUAGCCUAGCUACAGGCUCACAAGAAUAAUACUUACCUUUUGUAUAGCUAUCGAAAACCCUUCUCUUUUUAGCGGUUAGCUUUUCACACUGCUGGCCAUGUGAACUUCAGUUCCGACCCUGUGUUAGAAAAAUCAAUAAUAAUCGCUUGUGAGACGGUUUUUCGAAACAUGUGACCCUUAUCUUCCAUAUCAGCGAGAAAUAAUCUUUCAAAAAAUAUAUAUACACUUACUGUAACUUUAGCAGAUUUGCACAGAUCCAUACGCUGUGUGUGCCUCCAGUUGACAAACUACACUUCCUCCCCAGUUAACCUUACAGUUACACACAGGUGUUCGAAGCACGCUAGAUAGCUAAUUAGCACAGGUGGUCACCUGUUUUCCAUCUGUCAACAAGCGCUGUAACAUGGAGACAUGGCUGUGUGGGAACACUAAUCCUAACCCUAUAAAGGUGUGUAGUAAUUUAACUUUUGUUUAAUGUAUUUUUUAUUUCUAGCUAAUAUGAAAGAUACUUUCCUUAUAUUUCCAAAACCUUACCGCGAGUGAUGCGUUUUAACAUUCAGAACAAGCAUCAGGACUGUUAACAAAACUUCCCCCGCCAGAAGAUACUAUCGUCAAUAGGCGCUUAAGGUAGUUAGUGUGUAUGAAUGGGUUAUCUGUUGUCAGAAUUGCUUUUCAUGAGUGUGCUAGUAUACAAUCUAACAAUAGUGUCAGAAGCAAAAGUAGCAGGGGAAAACAUAUCCCAAUAUAUUAGACCUCUGAUUAUUUAAUUAAUUAAUAAGACAAGGUCUAAGGGCAUUCCAUAGCGACUGCGGUCGAGAUAACUAAUGGUCCAAUGACUGUACCUGCUAGCAGCAUGUGUCCUGUGUCCAAAGCUACAUCCAUAAUCUAUAGACGGUUCUGAUUGGAGUUUUUAGAUGCUUCCUCCCCAAAUCAAAAUCUACACUGAACAAAAAUAUUAACGCAACAUGUAAAGUGUUGGUCCCAUGUUUUAUGAACUGAAAUAAAAGAUUGCCUACAUUUUCCAUAUGCACAAAAAGCUUAUUUCUCUCAUUUUGUGCACACAUUUGCUUACAUCCCUGUUAGUGAGCAUUUCUCCUUUGCCAAGAUAAUCCAUCCACCUGACAAGUGUGGCAUGUCAAGAAGCUGAUUAAACAACAUGAUCAUUACACAGGUGCACCGUGUGCUGGGGAAAAUAAAAGGACACUCUAAAAUAUGCAGUUUUGUCACACAACACAAUGCCACAGACGUCUCAAGUUUUGAGGGAGCGUGCAAUUGGCAUGCUGACUGCAGGAAUGUCCACCAGUGCUGUUGCCAGAGAAUGUAAUGUUAAUUUCUCUACCAUACCAUCUACCAACGUCGUUUUAGAGAAUUUGGCAGUACGUCCAACCGGCCUCACAACCGCAGACCAUGUGUAUUGUGUUGUGUGGGCGAGCGGUUUGCUGAUGUCAACGUUGUAAACAUUGUGCCCCAUGGUGGCAGUGGGGUUAUGGUAUGGGCAGGUAUAAGCUACGGACAACGAAAACAAUUGCAUUUUAUCGAUGGCAAUUUGAAUGCACAGAGAUACCGUGACGAGAUUCUGAGGCCCAUUGUCGUGCCAUUCAUUCGCCGCCAUCACCUCAUGUUUCAGCAUGAUAAUGCACAGCCCAAUGUCGCAAGGAUCUGUACACAAUUGUCACCUAUUGAGCAAGUUUGGGAUGCUCUGGAUCAACGUGUACGACAGCCUGUUCCAGUUUCCACCAAUACCCAGCAACUUCGCACAGCCAUUGAAGAGGAGUGGGACAACAUUCCACAGGCCACAAUGAACAGCCUGAUCAACUCUAUGCGAAGGAGAUGUGUCGCGCUGUAUGAGGCAAAUGGUGGUCACACCAGAUACUGACUGGUUUUCUGGUCCACUCCUCUACCUUUUGUUAAGGUAUCUGUGACCAACAUAUUCAUAUCUGUAUUCCCAGUCAAGUGAAAUCCAUAGAUUAGGUCCUAAUGAAUUUAUUUCAAUUGACUGAUUUCCUUAUAUUAACUGUACAUUUUUGUUUAGUAUAAUAUGGAUGCCAAUGUUUUGUUUUCGCUUUGUGCGCACACCUGUCUGUGGUUCACACCUGUCUGUUGUUAGCUAAUGAGUCCCGCAAAACAGGCAUGUGCUGCCCUAGAAGGGUUGUAAAGGAAACGUGUGGGCACAAAGCUAGAACAAAACAUUGCCAUUCAUAUUUGAUUUUGAUUUGGGGAGCGGGGUAUCAUCUAAAAACUGGAUUUAAGUUUAUUGUUCACUGCUCGGCAAGGUAAACGGUGAUUCUCCAAUCAGAACCAUCUACCAAUUAUGGAUGUGGCUUCGGACGCGGGACACAUGCUGCUUGCAGGUAGUCAUUGGACCAAUGAUGUAAAUUAAUAUAAUUCUAUACUGUGAAUGGAAUUCUACAGUAUUUCAAUUAAAUGUUUCUAGGACAAAGUUAAAUGUAUUUAAGUAUGUUUUUGUUGUAGUGGGGACAGCAACGUAAAUACUUUUUUUACUUUAAGGAAAAUGUUUAUAUAUUAAUUUUUAUGUUUAGCUCACAUAAUGUAAUUUAAAAGUAUGCAUUAAGGUGUCUGUAAUAGAAUACAUUUGGCAAAAACAAAUGUAGAUAUUCAUGAAUGCAUUUCUAUAGCUAUUUUACAAUGGUAUGGGAGUGCCAAGAUGGAGGUGCGGUGGCUUCAAAACAGCGUCCCUGGGUAGUCAUCUAGUGGAUAUAUAAAUUAUUGAAUUAGACCAUGAGAUAUCUGGAAUGCAGUCGCAACUGAAUGCCCUUAGACCCAGUCUUAUUAAUGAAUUAAAUAAUUAAUCAGAGGUCUAAUAUAUUGGGCUAGGGGAAACAAUGUGCACAGUACAUGCUGACACUGACCAAGUGUGUGAGCUACAAUCUCAAGAAGCAUUUCAGUUAGGCCUUAAGCAUGGGUAGGCAACCCUGUUCCAGGAGUGCCGCAGGUACUGCAGGAUUUUGUUCCAACUAGGCACUACACCUGACCAACUGAGCUUUUGAUCAGUUCAAUGAUUCUCUAAAUUCAACACACCUGGUCUUCCAGGACUAGGGUUGCCUACCCCUGGCCUACAAGCUAGUAAAAAUACUAUAUUUGAAUAUCCUAUUACAUUUUGGAUACAGUAGCGAAUUCUGGAGGAAGCCCGGCUGGGACUUGAACCAGCAAACCUAGCUUCUGUCUGUCCUUAUACAACAUAGUCAUCCACAUCGACAUGGCCACAGUGGAGAAAGUAAAAUGCUUCAAGUUUCUCGGCAUGCACAUCACUGAGGACCUGAAAUAGUCCCUCCACACCAACGUUGUGGUGAAGAAGGAGCAAUAGUGCCUCUUCAACCUCAGGAGGCUGAAGAAAUUCAGCUUGGCCCCUAAGACCCUCACAAACUUCUACAGAUGCACCAUCAAGAUAAUUAUGUCGGGCUACGCAUCACCGGAGGUACACUGCCUGCCCCUCCAGGACAUCUACAGCACCCGGUGUCACAGCAAGGCCAAGAAGAUAAUCAAGGACUUGAGCCAUAACCUGUUCGCCUGGCUACCAUCUAGCAGGCAAACACAGUACAGGUGCAUCAAAGCUGGGACUGAGAGACUGAAAAACAGCUUCUAUCUCCAGGACAUCAGACUGUUGAACAGUCAUCACUAGCCGGCCUCCACCCGGUACCCUGCCCUGCACCUUAGAGACUGCUGCCCUACAGUGGGGGAAAAAAGUAUUUAGUCAGCCACCAAUUGUGCAAGUUCUCCCACUUAAAAAGAUGAGAGAGGCCUGUAAUUUUCAUCAUAGGUACAUGUCAACUAUGACAGACAAAAUGAGAAAAAAAAAUCCAGAAAAUCACAUUGUAGGAUUUUUUAUGAAUUUAUUUGCAAAUUAUGGUGGAAAAUAAGUAUUUGGUCAAUAACAAAAGUUUCCCAAUACUUUGUUAUAUACCCCUUGUUGGCAAUGACACAGGUCAAACGUUUUCCGUAAGUCUUCACAAGGUUUUCACACACUGGUGCUGGUAUUUUGGCCCAUUCCUCCAUGCUGAUCUCCUCUAGAGCAGUGAUGUUUUGGGGCUGUCGCUGGGCAACACGGACUUUCAACUCCCUCCAAAGAUUUUCUAUGGGGUUGAGAUCUGGAGACUGGCUAGGCCACUCCAGGACCUUGAAAUGCUUCUUACGAAGCCACUCCUUCGUUGCCCGGGAGGUGUGUUUGGGAUCAUUGUCAUGCUAAAAGACCCAGCCACGUUUCAUCUUCAAUGCCCUUGCUGAUGGAAGGAGGUUUUCACUCAAAAUCUCACGAUACAUGGCCCCAUUCAUUCUUUCCUUUACACGGAUCAGUCGUCCUGGUCCCUUUGCAGAAAAACAGCCCCAAAGCAUGAAGAUUCCACCCCCAUGCUUCACAGUAGGUAUGGUGUUCUUUGGAUGCAACUCAGCAUUCUUUGUCCUCCAAACACGAUGAGUUGAGUUUUUACCAAAAAGUUCUAUUUUGGUUUCAUCUGACCAUAUGACAUUCUCCCAAACUUCAGACGGGCCUGGACAUGUACUGGCUUAAGCAGGGGGACACGUCUGGCAAUGCAGGAUUUGAGUCCCUGGCGGAGUAGUGUGUUACUGAUGGUAGGCUUUGUUACUUUGGUCCCAGCUCUCUGCAGGUCAUUCACUAGGUCCCCCCGUGUGGUUCUGGGAUUUUUGCUCACCGUUCUUGUGAUCAUUUUGACCCCACGGGGUGAGAUCUUGCGUGGAGCCCCAGAUCGAGGGAGAUUAUCAGUGGUCUUGUAUGUCUUCCAUUUCCUAAUAAUUGCUCCCACAGUUGAUUUCUUCAAACCAAGCUGCUUACCUAUUGCAGAUUCAGUCUUCCCAGCCUGGUGCAGGUCUACAAUUUUGUUUCUGGUGUCCUUUGACAGCUCUUUGGUCUUGACCAUAGUGGAGUUUGGAGUGUGACUUUUUGAGGUUGUGGACAGGUGUCUUUUAUACUGAUAACAAGUUCAAACAGGUGCCAUUAAUACAGGUAACGAGUGGAGGACAGAGGAGCCUCUUAAAGAAGAAGUUACAGGUCUGUGAGAGCCAGAAAUCUUGCUUUUUUUGUAAGUGACCAAAUACUUAUUUUCCACCAUAAUUUGCAAAUAAAUUCAUUAAAAAUCCUACAAUGUGAUUUUCUGGAUUUUUUUUUCUCAAUUUGUCUGUCAUAGUUGACGUGUACCUAUGAUGAAAAUGACAGGCCUCUCUCAUCUUUUUAAGUGGGAGAACUUGCACAAUUGGUGGCUGACUAAAUACUUUUUUUCCCCACUGUAUGUACAGUUGAAGUCGGAAGUUUACAUACACUUAGGUUGGAGUCAUUCAAACUUUCAAAAAAAAAGUUUUCAACCACUCCACAAAUUUCUUGUUAACAUACUAUAGUUUUGGCAAGUUGGUUAGGACAUCUACUUUUUGCACGACACAAGUAAUUUUUCCAACAAUUGUUUACAGACAGAUUAUUUCACUUAUAAUUCACUGUAUCACAAUUCCAGUGGGUCAAAAGUUUACAUACACUAAAUUGACUGUGCCUUUUAACAGCUUGGAAUUCCAGAAAAUGAUGUCAUGGCUUUAGAAGCUUCUGAUAGGCUAAUUGACAAUUUUUUUUUUUUUGUCAUUUAGCAGACGCUCUUAUCCAGAGCGACUUACAUGAGCAAUUAGGGUUAAGUGCCUUGCUUAAGGGCACAUCGACAGAUUAUUCACCUAGUCGGCUCGGGGAUUAGAACCAGCGACCUUUCGGUUACUGGCACAACGCUCUUACCCACUAAGCUACCUGCCGCCCCGUGAGGAAGGAAAAUUAUGUGGAUAUAUUGAAGCAACAUCUCAAGACAUCAGUCGGGAAGUUAAAGCUUGGUCGCAAAUGGUUCUUCCAAAUGGACAAUGACCCCAAGCAUACGUCCAAAGUUGUGGCAAAAUGGCUUAAGGACAACAAAGUCAAGGUAUUGGAGUGGCCAUCACAAAGCCCUGACCUCAAUCAUAUAGAAAAUGUGUGGGCAGAACUGAAAAAGCGUGUGAGCAAGGAGGCCUACAAACCUGUCUGUUACACCAGCUCUGUCAGGAGGAAUGGGCCAAAAUUCACCCAAUUUAUUGUGGGAAGCUUGUGGAAGGCUUCCCGAAACGUUUAACCCAAGUUAAACAAAUUAAAGGCAAUGCUACCAAAUACUAAUUGAGUGUAUGUAAACUUCUGACCCACUGGGAAUGUGAUGAAAUAAAUAAAAGCUGAAAUAAAUCAUUCUCUCUACUAUUAUUCUGACAUUUCACAUUCUUAAAAUAAAGUGGUGAUCUAACUGACCUAAGACAGGGAAUUUUUACUAGGAUUAAAUGUCAGGAAUUGUGAAAAACUGAGUUUUAAUGUAUUUGGCUAAGGUGUAUGUAACCUUCUGACUUCAACUGUACAUAAUCAUUGAAUACUUUAGUAAUAUUUACAUGUUGUUUUUAGUUCUGAAAUAAUUUCUGUAGUUAGAAACAGAUAAGAUUAGCAUUCCUGCAACAUUAUUUUGUUGAAAUUUAAAUGAUUACUCAUUUUAUAUACACAUACUGUAUUCUCAACAUACAGUAGGUCAUCCUAUAUAACUACUGCUGGACAUACCUUUUCCUACUUAUACAGUGCAUUCGGAAAGUAUUCAGAACCCUUGACUUCUUCCACAUUUUGUUAAGUUACUGCCUUAUUCUAAAAUUGAUUAAGUUAUUUUAAAAACUCAUCAAUCUACACACAAUUCCCCAUAAUGACAAAUGGAAACAGGGUUUCGGAAAUGUUAGCAAAUGUAUUAACAAUGAAAAACAGAAAUACCUUAUUUCCAUAAGUAUUCAGGCCCUUUGCUAUAAAGACUUGAAAUUGGUCCCACAGUAGACAGUGCAUGUCAGAGCAAAAACCAAGCCAUGAGGUCGAAGGAAUUGUCCGUAGAGCUCUGAGACUGGAUUGUGUCGAGGCACAGAUCUGGGGAAGGGUACCAAAACAUUUCUGCAGCAUUGAAGGACCCCAAGAACACAGUGGCCUCCAUCAUUCUUAAAUCGAAGAAGUUUGGAACCACCAAGACUCUUCCUAGAGCUGGCCGUCCGGCCAAACUGAGCAAUCGGGUAUUUCAGUUUGCAAAAAUGUCUAAAAACCUAACAAAAUAUGGAAAAAUAAAGGGUUCUGAAUACUUUCUGAAUGCACUGUAUAUUGUCCAUACUGUCUAUACACACGACAUAUUUUAUUUUCCGGAGUCUAACAUUGCUCGUUCUGAUAUUGCUCGUUCUAAUAUUUCUUAUUUUCUUGUUUUUGUUGUAUUAUUUGUGUAUUACUAUUGUACUGUUCGACACUUACUGCACUGCUGAAGCUAGAAACAUAAGCAUUUCUCUGCACCUGCUUUAACAUCUGCUAAUCUGUGUAUGCGACAAAUAAACUUUGAUUUGAUAGCCAUUAGGCUAUGCCCAGAAGUCUCAAUUUUCUGAAAACAUUCCUGGUGUUAUUCAAGACACUACCCCCUUCUGAAGCACACCCAUAUGUUUAACUACCUCAAGUCCCCCAUGCAUCCAAGGGAUGUUUCUGCUGCUCUCACUGUAGCACCAUCCCACUUCUGACACUAAUGUAGCAUAUUCUGGAGUAAGCCUGACUAGGACUCAAACCUGCAGCCUUAUGUCUGAAACCGCUUGAUGAGGUUGCUGGUGUUGUACUAAGGACGCUGUCACAAUGGUUGUAGAAAGUAUAAACAAUAGAGAUAUAAUAUAUCAUUCUGUGGUAUAAACAAUGUGCAGUAAAUGUAACUUACUCUGUUCCAGAUGACAAGGGGUAAACCAGAUGAGGACGAAUACUGGAACAGUUCGAAGUUCAAAGCGUUCACAUUUGAUGAUGAAGAUGAUGACUUUACCAGGGUAAAUAACUUGAAAGUCUUAGGCCGUGUCCCAAAUGGCACCCUAUUCCAUAUAUAAUGCACUACAAGGUUUUUAUAGUAAACUGAAACAAACUAAAACGAAUGAAAAAACAAAGUAAAUUGGAGGGGGGAACGUUGAGGUAGCUAACUAGAGUUUUCUUACAUACUAAAGUUAACAAUUGACCAUUGUGCACAGCUGUCUCGAUGCUCUAACUGUUAAUAAUCACUGUACGCAGUGGAAAUCUGUGUUAAAACAGCUAACAGUAAGUGUAUCUUUUGUAUUUGUAAAGUUAUUUUUGGAUGAUAUAAAACAUUAUUGUUAUCGAUCAAUAAUGACGAACCUCCAGGCAUUGACAGCUUAGAUGGAAAGCUACUGAGGAUGGUAGAUGAAACUAUAGCCACUCCUAUCUGUCAUAUCUUUAAUCUGAGCCUAGAGGAAAGUCUUUGUCUUCAGGCCUGGAGGGAAGCCAAAGUCAUUCUGCUACCCAAGAGUGGCAAAGCGGUCUUUACUGGUUCUAACAGCAGACCUAUCAGCUUGCUGUCAGCUCUUAGCAAACUGUUGGAAAAAAAUGUUUGACCAAAUGCAAUGCUAUUUCUCUGUAAACAAAUUAACAACAGACUUUCAGCAUGCUUCUUGAGAAGGGCACUCAACAUGUACUGCACUGACACAAAUUACUGAUUGGUUGAAAGAAAUUGAUAAUAAGAAGAUUGUGGAAGCUGUACUGUUAGAUUUCAGUGCAGCCUUUUAUAUUAUUGACCAUAACCUGUUGAGAACUUAUGUAUGGCUUUUCAACCUCUGCCAUAUCUCGGAGGGUUUUCUUUAAUGGAAGCUUCUCUGAUGUCAAACAUGUAAAGUGUGGUGUACCGCAGGGCAGCACUCUAGGCCCUCUUUUCUAUUUUUACCAAUAACUUGCCACUGGCAUUAAACAAAGCAUGUGUGUCCAUGUAUGCUGAUGAUUCAACCAUAUACGUAUCAGCUAAUGAAGUCACUGAAACCCUAACAAAGAGUUGCAGUCAGUUUUGGAAUGGGUGGCCAGUAAUAAACUGGUCCUGAACAUCUCUAAAUCUAAGAGCAUUGUAUUUGGUACAAUUCAUUCUCUAAGUUCUAGACCUCAGCUGAAUCUGGUAAUGAAUGGUGUGGCUGUUGAACAAGUUGAGGAGACUAAAUUACUUAGUUUACAAUCUAAGGUAACACCAUCAUGGUCAAAACAUAUAGAUUCAAUGGUUGUAAAGAUGGGGAGAGGUCUGUCCGUAAUAAAGAGAUGCUCUUCUUUUUUGACACUAUACUCCAAAAAGCAAGUCCUGCAGGCUCUAGUUUGAUCUUAUCUUGAUUAUUGUCCAGUCAUAUGAUCGAGUGCUGCAAAGAAAGACAUAGUUAAGCUGCAGCUGGCCCAGAACAGAGCAGCACUUUUUGCUAUUCAUUGUAAUCAGAGGGCUAAUAUUAAUACUAUGCAUGCCAGUCUCUCUUGGCAGAGAGUUGAGGAAAGACUGACUAGCAAAUCAGGUCUGAAAACUAACUGAAGCUAAGCUGAAUUAAAAAUAAAAAUGGGAAAAACUCAUAGAAAUAAAAACACAAAACCAUAUAAACCUUGAUGCACUACUUUUUACCAGGGCCCAUAGGGCUGGUACGAUGUAGGGCAGUGUUGCCCAACUCCGGUCCUCAAGUAUCCCCAACAGUACCUAUUUGUUUUGGUGGCCCAGGGGCCUACAACAACAAUAUGUGCUGUUGGGGGUACUCGAGGGCCUGAGUUGGGCAACACUGAUAUAGGGCAGGGCUCUCCAACCCUGUUCCUGGAGAGCUACCCUCCUGUAGGAUUUCGCUCCAACCCUAGUUGUAACUAACCGGAUUCAGCUGAUCAACCAGCUAAUUAUUAGAAUCGGGUGAGCUAGAUUAGGGUUGGAGUGAACCUAUAGGAAGAUUUCUCUCCAGGAACAGGGUUGGAGAGCCCGUUAUAGGGACGCAGCCACUGUAAUCUUUUAUUUUACUUUUAUGCCAGGCGGUUGUCCAAUCCUCCUCCUGUUUAACUACUGAGUAUGCAGGCUUUUGCUCCAGCACUGCUCUAACACACUUGAUUCUAUUAAUCAGCUGCACAUCAGGACCUUUCAUUUGCUAAAAACCGGUGUGUUUGAGCAGGGCUUGAGCAGAAGUCUACAUACCCAAAAGCUCUCCAAGAGGAGGGUUGGCCACCCGUUAUGUAUUUUAUGUUAGGGUAAGCUAGUUAAAGUAUCCAAUCACACAAGGGUAGGCCACCAAAGAGAGACAAUGGUGGAAACUUUGAGCAAAUGUCAACAUGUAAACACGGCCAGCGGCUGGGUAUGUGGCAUCUGAAUUUUGGAAACAUUCAUGCUCACUUUGGACUGUCAAGGUACAGAAUUGUAGUGUGGACGUAGACAUGUUUUUUUCUAUUUCUAAUGUAUUUAAGCUAAAGGAAUCCAAGCGGGCUGUGAACAGUAUCCGCAGCCUGGUAGAGGAAGAGGAUGAAGAAGAUGAUGUGGAGAAGGUUAGCUGGAGUGGAGAGCCUGUUGGAAGUAAGAGAACUUUCCAUCAUAUGAUGCAAAACACAUAAUCAUCAGUUUUUUCUCUGUACUGAAAGUGCCCUAUCAUGAAAUCUUGACUGCUGAGUGACAUACAUUUUGGGGGAUUGUAUUAACCGUAGACUAAUGAGCAAAAUACUAAAAGCUUUUUGAGUGAACUAUUCUUUUAAAAAGGUGCAGUCUGUGUGUUCUCUUUCCUGCAAGUUCCAAGCCAAGAUGAGAAGAUGAGCUGGUGCAGUCAUUGGUGUAAACCGAACAAUGAAAAGUGCUACAAUAGAAAUACGCUGAGUGUACAAAACAUUAUGAACACCUGCUCUUUCCAUUACAUAGACUGAAAGCAAUGAUCAAUUAUUUAUCCACUUCAAUCAGUGUAGAUGAAGGGGAGGAGACACGUUAAAGAAGGAUUUUUAAGACUUGAGAACAUUGAGACAUGGAUUGUGUAUGUGUGCCAUUCAGAGGGGGAAUGGGUAAGACAAAAUAUGUAAGUGCCUUUGAACGGGGUAUGGUAGUAAAUAAUAAUAAAUAAUAUGCCAUUUAGCAGACGCUUUUAUCCAAAGUGACUUACAGUCAUGCGUGCAUACAUUUUUUGUGUAUGGGUGGUCCCGGUGAUCGAACCCACUACCUUGGCGUUACAAGCGCCACGCUCUACCAGCUGAGCUACAGAGGACCACAGUAGGUGUAGGUGCCAGGUGUAGGUGCCAGGUGCACUGGUUUGUGUGAAGAACUGCAACACUGCUGGGUUUUUCACGCUCAACAUUUUCCAGCGUCUUUCAAAAAUGGUGCACCACCCAAAGGACAUCCAGCCAACUUGACAACUGUGGGACGCAUUGUAGUUAACAUGGACCAGCAUCCCUGUGGAAUUCUUUCGACACCUUGUAGAGUCCAUGCCCUGACGAAUUUAGGUUAUUCUAAGGGCAACUCAAUAUUAGGAAGGUGUUCUUAAUGUUUUGAACUCGGUGUAUUUUCCUAAAUGAAGCAACAGAUACUUUAUGUGUGUGUUUGUAGUUUACUUUGAUUCUUUGUAAUUUGGUUCUUUGCCACAAGGGAAACAGUAUGGACUGUGACUUUUUAUGUUUUGUGAUAAGUUCACUUAGGACCAGUACAUUUGCUGGUAACUUGAAUGGUUGUGGCCCUAAAUGUUGAUGUGUUCCCUCAGGUAUCUCGUGGUCGGUCAAGGAGACAGCGUCCAGCAUUCGCUCCACAGGAGAGGUGCGGGACCAGAGCUUCCCCAAAAUCCACACUGCCCCUUCGUUGCCCAAGAAUAGUUCUGGCUACUCCUUAAGCUCCUUAUUCAAAGGUACAUCUCAGUCCACCUCUUGAUAGAUAUCUAAGGCCAUUCUCGUUGGUGUAUUUAGAUUGGACUAAGUGUUGUGGGCCGAUUUUGAGUUUGGGAUAACCGAUCUUGAGACCGUUGCAUUCGACCCAAUCAAAAUGGGUUCGCCUCAUUCUGUCAAACAAAUCUGCCCUCGGUACAGUUUUGAAUCUAUAAAAAACACCAAUGAGCUGUAGCUAUACACUAACCAUUGUCCCUAGUUUGUAGUUUUGCACAUUCUCAAUGAGAAUACUAAUGUCAACAUAAGCAUUUCCUUAUCAAUUAACACACUCUUUCUCUCUCUCUCUCAUUUUUUAGGAAAGGCCAAAACUGGGAGCUUCCAGUCCUUCUCUGAGUGUGGGUAACAGUUUAGCAAGAGUUGUUACUCAAUUUAUGCCAUAUGUGUGUGAAAAUUGCUAUUUUGAAAAGCGUGGUUAUCAACUUUUCUUGCAUUUUAUAGCUUUCGGAGAUCCAUCCAUCCGAAAUUACGCCCCGGAACUUCGGAAACCAAAAUCUGAAUACAAGGUAAGAUAUGUUUUAUGUUACACAUAAACAUCGUAUUUCAGAGCACUCUGAAAAGUUCUUCCACAAACUGAACUAACUGUUAUUAACAUCACUAAUACUGUAUUUACUGGACUGUCAUUGGUCUAUUAAUGAUGAUGUCAUCUUGUUGUGGCAGGACUACGUCAGUGACUGGACCCCUGAGGAGACUGUGAAGAGGAUGCAGCAGGGAAAGGUAGGAUCAAUGGUGUAAAACCAACAUUUAUUUGUCUUCAAACUGACUGUAAGUUGUAAGCUGACUGUUGUUAUGCCUACUGUAAGUCACUUUGGAUAAAAGUGUCUGCUAAAUGACAUACAAUUUAUUAGAUUAUGAUCAGCUGUUUUAUAAUGCUCCAGCAAAUACUCUGCUUUAUGUAUUUUGCAAUUCUCUGGACUGUGAUAUAAUAUUAAUAUUGUAUUAUUCUAACUCGGUCCAUGAUCAUAUUUUCUCAUAGGUCUACUCUUUGGAGAAGUUCCGCUCCUUACAGGACAAACUGCUGCUAUUGGACGAGGCUGUGAAUGCACAUGAUGGAAACAUCAUCACUGCGGUACGAUUUAAUUUGACUCUAGUUGAAAGAAAACAAUAAACAAUAAUUGUUAUUACACGGAACUAAAAUAUAAACGCAACAUGCAACAAUUUCAAAGAUUUUACUGAGUUAGAGUUCAUAUAAGGAAAUCAGUCAAUUGAAAUAAAUUCAUUAGGCCCUAAUCUAUGGAUUUCACCUGACUGGGAAUACAGAUAUGCAUCUGUUGGUCACAGAUACCUUUUUUAAAAAGGUAGUGGCGUGGAUCAGAAAACCAGUCAGUAUCUGGUGCGACCACCAUUUGCCUCAUGCAGCGCGACACAUCUCCUUCGCAUAGAGUUGAUCAGGCUGUUGAUUGUGGCCUGUGGAAUGUUGUCCCACUCCUCUUCAAUGGCUGUGUGAAGUUGCUGGUUAUUGUCGGGAACUGGAACACGCUGUCAUACACGUCGAUCCAGAGCAUCCCAAACAUGCUCAAUGGGUGACAUGUCUGGUGAGUAUGCAGGCCAUGGAAUAAAUGGGAUGUUUUCAGCUUCCAGGAAUUGUGUACAGAUCAUUGCCACAUGGGGCUGUGCAUUAUCAUACUGAAACAUUAGGUGAUGGCGGCGGAUGAAUGGCACGACAGUGGGCGUCAGGAUCUUGUCACGAUAUCUCUGUGCAUUCGAAUUGCCAUUGAUAAAAUGCAAUUGUGUUUGUUGUCCGUAGCUUAUGGCUACCCAUACCAUAACCCCACCGCCACCAUGGGGCACUCUGUUCACAACGUUGACAUAAGCAAUCCGCUCGCCCACACGACACCAUCUUCCCGGUACAGUUGAAACCGGGAUUCAUCUGUGAAGAGCACACUUCUCCAGCGUGCUAGUGACCAUCGACGGUGAGCAUCUGCCCACUGCCGUCAGGUCAAGACCCUGGUGACGAUGACGAGCAUGCAGAUGAGCUUCCCUGAGACUGUUUCUGACAGUUGUGAGGCCGGUUGGACGUACUGCCAAAUUCUCUAAAACGAUGUUGGAGGCGGCUUAUGGUAGAGGAAUGAACAUUAAAUUAUCUGGCAACAUCUCUGGUGGACAUUCCUGCAGUCAGCAUGCCAAUUGCACGCUCCCUCAACUUGAGACAUCUGUGGCAUUGUGUUGUGUGACAAAACUGCACAUUUUAGAGUGGCCUUUUAUUGUACCCAGCACAAGGUGCACCUGUGUAAUUAUCAUGUUGUUUAAUCAGCUUCUUGAUAUGCCACACCUGUCAGGUGGAUUGAUUAUCUUGGCAAAGGAGAAAUGCUCACUAACAGGGAUGUAAACAAAUUGGUGCAUAACAUUUGAGAAAAACUAGCUUUUUGUGGGCAUUUAACAUUUCUGGGAUAUUUUAUUUCAGCUCAUGAAACAUGGGACCAACACUUUACAUGUUGUGUUUAUAUUUUUGUUCAGUAUACUUAUCCUGUUCUGUAACCUCUCAUUGCAGGUUUUAAUAUAUUUAAAGAAGUCAUUAAGUAAAGGUAAGGUUUUUAAUCCAUGUUUUUGUUAUCCAUUAGAUGUGACUUUUUUUUACGUCAUUCUAUUCUGGUUGAGUUACCAGGAAUUUACACCAGUGCAAAUUUUGCACCUGCUAUUUUCUGAAGGGAAUAAUUGUAUUUCCUUUAGAAAUAAAAUGAGUUUAUUUCACACGUACAGUAAGAUUACCUUCUUCUUUUUUCAUUUAGUUCUACCUUUUUAUUUAUUAUUCCCAGGUGUUGAAAAUGUAUGCAUGCACUAAUGUAAGUCACUUUGGACAAAAGCAUCUGCUAAAUGGCAUAUAUUAUUCCUUUUGAAAAAUAACAGUUGCAAACUUUGGAUGGUGCAAAAGUUAAGUGCAAUAUUCUGCAAAUAAUGACAGUUCACUGUGUUUCUGUGCAGAGAUUCUCUUCCGGGAGUUGAUAACAAGAGAAACAGCUCUUAGGCAUUAUAUCCACUACCUGAAGGAAAUAGGAGAACAGAAGCUUUUGGUGGAGCUGUUCAAGUGAGUAACGAUUCACAAAAAUAUCCUUUAAACCAUGAGAUUGUAUCAAUGGAGUUGUCAUGUAACCUUGUUGGACUGGUUUUUACCGCUCCUGUUCAAGGAGUGUAGCAUCUGGGUUGUUUAUUAGGCACCAAAUGAAAGAAAACAGACUGAAACAGGGAGGGACUGUCAGGAUUUGUCCAUUUUAAGAAAUGCUCAAUUUCCUUUUCCUUUGCAAAAGGUUUUAAAUAUUUUCCAUUGCAUACCCAAAUGAUGGUACUGUGCGGUCAACUUGCUGCUUGUAUGCAGACAUUCUGAUCAGUCCUCUUUUCUCUCGUGUCAUCAAGGUCCCUGGACAGAACAGAAGACAUGGCGGUAUGUACUACCCAUGAACUGCCAAGCCAUCUGGGGGGGACAGUUACUUCAAAAGUCAAAUUCAGUUACAUUUCAGUCCCAUCCCCAAAGUUUACAAACAAGUGCAGGGGCAGCACUUAACCUAACGUAGCAGGUGUAAAAUAAAUGCAUGAGCAGGGUCUCCACAUCCGGUUUUCAGGGGAAAAGGAAGCUAGGUUGAAGAUGCUGUAUCCCUGAAAACUGUCUGUUUCCAGUUUCUUGUGACACCGCUGAGGGUGGAGUUGAAAUGAACAUUACAGAUUGUACCUUUAAUGCUUUGCACUCAUUGGUUGUUGUUAGUUUUAAAUCUCAAUGCACCUUCCUCUGUUACCAUGUCCAUAUUCAGCUCAUGCAGUACAGAGAUCACCUCAAUAUCAGAGACGAGAACAGGAGGAGGGACUUUCUGAAGAACUGCCUCAGGUAAAGAUCCACUCCACAUUACCUCACGUCUCAGGGUUGUGUUCAUUAGGCACAAAACGGAAUACAUCGUACAGAAACAGGAAGGCACUACCUGAACGUGUCCAGAAAGUAGUGCUGAUUUUCGUUUUCUUUUGCAAAAUGUUUUCCGUUGCGUAUCCUAAUGAACAGAACCUAGGUAAAGAAUCCAAAGUUUAAUCUCAUGAACAGCAGCUUUUUCUUUUCCCAUUUUCUGCCACAUUUUAUAUUGUUGAUUGUGGUGUUUUUAAAUCAUACAAGGUCGUACAAACCUUUUCCUGAAGUAAGGUCAUUUAACACAUUUGAAUGUUAUCUACCUGGAGUCAGAGAUACUAAACAGCAGUAUUAGCUUUGGAGAACAGCGUUACUAACUAGAACCAUGGACUUUGUUGCAGUCUCCCCUUCGCACCAGACGAUGCCACUCACGUUCAAGACCACUACACACUCCUGGAAAGGCAGAUUAUCAUUGAGGUGAGAAACCGCUGCUAUUUUGAAACAUACUCGACUGAAGAACACCAAUGGCUGAAUCUCGCUCAUGGUACGGUAGUACAGUAAUAACAUUUUUAUUUUGCGCUUUAAAAAAUUCUCAAUAAAUCUGUUACGAAGCAUGUCGCACUAACGUGGUCGCCAUAAGGUUUCAAUGUGUAAUUCGCUAUGUUGUCAUAAGCUCGAUCAUUGCAUGAUAUGUCAAAUCCUAAGUAAUGUUUGACAUGUUUAUGUAGGUUUUCAAACCAAACAUUCCAUGUCUUCCCCCUGUCUGUUUCUUCAGGCGAACGACAAACAGGUGGAGAGUAGCGGCCAGGCGGACAUCUUUAAGAAAUACCCGCGGAAAGCCUCCAUCCUCAACAUGCCCAUCAUCACUACUCUCUACUACUCCUGCUUCUACCAUUAUGGGGAGUCUGAUGUGAGUUCUGGAACUGAAGUGGCCCUCAAACCUGGUCCUGGAGAACCACAGGGUGUGCAGGCUUUUGUUCCAGUACUAGCACUCCAGAUUUGGCAUGAUGAUAAAUUGAUCAGGUGAAUGUGGUGUUAGUGCUGGACUGGAGCCAGAGCCGGCACACCCUGUAACUCUCAGGGUUGAUGACCACUGUGCUACGGAGACAGUUUUUUUCUGACUGUCAUUCUCUAUUAUGACCACAAGAUGGAGACAGAGAUUGUGUCAGUUAUCAGGCUGUAGUAGAGAACCUAGUGUUAAUCAGUGUUGAUGUAAGAAUGCAUUAAUCUGUGCAUUAAUCUAUCACCUUUUAUAUUAUAAAUGUUGCCAUUAUACCCAAACAUUUAAUAAUUUGUCUUGUUGUUAGUUGAAAUAACAUUAUGGUUGGAGUUGAUUAAGGUGUGUUUGUGCGUGUGUGUGCCUGGGUCUGUCUGCAAAACAUCAACUAACUAGCCCACUCUCUCCCCCAGGGCACGUACAGCAGUCCAGCCAACAUACGGAAGACCUUCAGGGUAAGAGAGAGAGAAGCUCGGACUACACAAGUAUUUAUCUGUCCAUUUCUUUUUUAAAUUAACUGGGCCCUGUCUUUAUUACUGGGUAAAUGUGUCAUUCUUGAGUCACUGUUGUCAAUCUUUCCUUUCAACAAUAUUCUGGCUCCAUAUGCAAUGAGACCAUAUGUAUAUUUGUCGUUAUUCAAGCUAAUCCAUAUGUCAAACAAUUUUAAGACCUUCAUUGAGCUGAAGUUGUCAGUCAAAGAAAUCUCUUUGCCUUCAACCCUAUUUCCCAACAGAGUUAAGGAAAAAUGUGUGUUUCCAGGUUAAACAAAAUUCAAUGAUUGUAAUAACUCCUAAGUUUUGUGUUGUCAUCAUCCAGAUUUCAGAUAAACAGUUUCUCCUCACAUGUCUGGGUGCGAGGGCGAAGCUGAAAGCCUGGUUCGAUGUGGAUGCUCUGUUCACCACCAAGAACUGGCUGGGCUACACCAAGAAGAGGUCUCCCAUUGGCUUCCAUAGAAUAGUGGACAUCCUUCAGAAAAACAAUGCACCAGUACAGGUAGGUAGGACAACUACAGCUGCACUUCCCCAGUCUGGACACCAGGUGGUACAGUGUUUUUAGAAUCACUUGAAAUAUGCACUGGACUCUAUUCCCAUUGUUUUCAGUUUUCUGCAGAUGUAUUGGGUGUGGCACAUUACAUGCGAUGCAGUUGAAUUGGACAAUUCAAAAUUCCAUAAGCAUAAUAGCUCAAAUUAACGCAGAGAAUAUAUUUUUAUUAGAGUUUUAUUUCAUAGCUAGAUGCUCUGUGUUUUCUUUUUUAGGGAUUACUCUGACUGUUAUGCCACAUCAUGCAGAUGUGUUGCUACAUUGCUUUUAGUCCCUCAUCCCUGUCUUUCGGUCCCUCUUCUCCUUUCUACUCUCAGGUGUUGCAGGAUUAUAUAAACCUGGUUGAAGACGCGGAGCAGAAGAUCAGUUUGGCGCAGAAGUAUAAGUGUCACGACGUCAUCAUCAAUGUGAGACAUCUGACAGACACACAUGUUACAGCUCGAUGUAGAAGUCACCCCUGGGCCUCCCGAGUGGCGCAGCGGUCUAAGGCACUGCAUCGCAGCGCUAGAGGCGUCACUACAGACCCGGGUUCGAUCCCGGGCUGUAUCGUGAGCGGGAGUCCCAUAGGGUGGCGCACAAUUGGCCCAGUGUCGUCCGGGUUAGAGGAGGGUUUGGCCGGGGGGGCUUUAGCGACUCCUUUUGGCGGGCCGGGUGCCUGCAGGCUGACCUCUGUCGUCAGUUGAACGGUGUUUCCUCCGACACAUUGGUGCGGCUGGCUUCCGGGUUAAGCGGGCAGGUGUUAAGAAGCACGGUUUGGCGGGUCAUGUUUCAGAGGACGCAUGACUCGACCUUCACCUUUUCGAGCCCGUUGGGGAGUUGCAGCAAUGAGAUAAGAUCGAAAUUGGGGAGAAAAAAGGGGGUAAAAUACAAAAAAAUAAUAGUCACUUCCAACCACAGAUCUAGGAUCAGAUUACGCAAUCCCAAAUCCUAACUUUAACCAUUAGAGGUAACUUCUACCAACUUCCAUGUUUUAAAGCACUAUAAUGAGUAUUGAUCAUCUAUUUAUUUUUUAUUUAAACCUUUUUUUAACCAGGCAAGUCAAAUUGUCUCUAGCACUACUGUUACAGUAUUUUGCCGUAACUUACAUUGGUAACAGUACUGCAGUUUAAUACUAUGCCUACAAUGCCUAGUGCACAAGAACUCAAACAAUUGUGGCAAAUUAUAUCAUUGACAGUACAGAUAACAUUUAAUCUCUUUUACUGGAAUCACAUGCUAUUUAUCGUUAUGUGGCAUGAUGAUUGAUUGGCGGUUCUUUUGCCCAAUCAGACGUACAGGGACCUGAAGGACCGGCAGCAGUUGAUUGUGUACCGGGGGAAGGUGGAGAGAGGCUCGCCCGAGUACAGGAAGAUCGAGGAAAUCCUCAGCAACUCGGUAAGAUAGGCUCUGGGGUGAAGUUUCCCCUAGGUAUAGAUCUAGGAUCAGCUUCCCCUCCUCCAAUCUUAACCUUAACCAGUAGUGUGGGAAAUGUAAAACUGACCCAAGAUCAGUGUCUAUGGACAAAUCAAAUCAAAUUUUAUUGGUCACAUGCGCCGAAUACAACAGGUGCAGACAUUGCAGUGAAAUGCUUACUUACAGCCCUUAACCAACAGUGCAUUUAUUUUAAACAAAAAAAGUAAGAAUAAAACAACAACAAAAAAAGUGUUGAGAAAAAAAGAGCAGAAGUAAAAUAAAGUGACAGUAGGGAGGCUAUAUAUACAGUAAAAUAAAGUGACUUCACCCUACACUGUAAGAUAGUGGUCAUCACCACAAGUCGGCUUCAGUCACAUGAUCUGAGAGCUUUUCUGUUACGCCAGCGGUCACUAACCCUGGCCCUGGAGAGCUAAAGUGUGUGCAGGCAUUUAUAGGCAUUAUUACGAUACAAAUACAACACCUUUUGGCCCUAAGGAGACAGCAAAUCAACAAUUAAAGUUGCUUUUAUUGUAAAGAGGGAGGACAUUGAGAAAAAUGAUGCCUUUCUCUCAACACAAACAAUACAAUACUCCUUUGCAGCAAAUGGUUUCUUGAUAACAAGAUUGUACAGUAGAUAGCCUAACUAUGUGCAACAGACGGCAAUUCCCAAUUGAACUGGGUCAUGUUCAUUGUGGCACAAAACAGAGACUUUUUUUUAAAACCAUUUGGUGCCUAACAAACAGGAACCUGGCUGAAAGUGUCACAUUUCCUCUAGCAAGAUGUGAAGUUUGCUUGUGUAAGGAAGUGGUGAGGAUCAGAAAAGGUGCAAAUUUAGUCUCUCAUCUGUUCCUCUUGUAAUGAUAAAUAUGACAAUCAUAAGAGGAUAGCUCAGAAGACAUUGUGAUGAUGUGUCCACUUCAACUGAAGUGUAUGGCCAUUGUAUGGUCAGUUUUAAGGUCAAGGCUAAAAUUGACAGCCCUAUUUCCUUAUGGGGCAUGCACUGUGAUGUUAAGAGAAUCUGUUUGCGCAGUAUGGUUGUGUUUUUAUGGACUGGACAGUAGUUCCUCUUCAACCUUGGUUCCUUUCUCUGUUGAAACUCAUCCCCAGACAAUGUAUUUAACCUUCAAAAACAACACCACUUCUCUUUUGUACAGCUCAACAGAACUGCACUUGUGCAUUGUAAAAUCUGAAUUAGUCAUGUUGAAAGGCCAUUUUCACAAACCCAUAUUCUCCAGCCUAUUCUAAACUGCAUUAUAGUCAAGACUAAUGAUAAUUUGGUCUUGGGACAUGAUCACUUGAAUUGUGGGCUGGGUGGUCUAUCCCAGGGUUUCCCAAACUUUAGACAGGCAGCCCAAUUCUGAUAUUCUUUCCACUAAUUGGUAUUUUGACCAAACACAUCAGAUCUUUUCACAUCAGAUCUUUUUCAGAGAUGUUCUGAUUGGUCAAAAGACCAAUUAGUGAAAAGAAUAUCAGAAUCAGCCUGUCUAAACGCAGCCAUAGUCCCUUGUGGCAUGGGUUCAAACCCUGCUUGCACCUUUAUAUCGGUGUUCCUCUACCUAUCUGUCUCCCUCUCUCAUUCAUUAAUUUCUAUCUCAAUAAAGAGAAAAUACCAAUACAAUACACUCCCCUAUGUAUGUGUUACGUAGUAAUAAAGUAAAUUAACUUUCUUCAAAGUGUUUUCAUUUCUAAACGGUAAAACCGAUAUGUAUGAAAAUACCCUCAAAUAAAAGGUGACAUUCUGUUCUGUCGCCUCAUAUCAAAUCCAAAAUGCUGGAGUAUAGAGCCAAAUUAAAGGUUUAAGCUUCACUGUCCAAAUAAAUACGUAGGGGAGUGUAUAUUGUGACGGAUCAGCUUGUCCGAAACCCCCUAACACAGGCGGGAGGCAUGAAAUGAACAGACUGGAGGCAGUGGUUGGGGUUCCUUUUCCUUUAAAUUGUCAAUAAACAGGUUUUCUUUCACUCAACAAAAUGAUUACAGUACAGGGUAGCGUCCAACGCUGAAACAAUAGCCGGAGAAAAAAAAAGGAAUAAAAAAUAAACUAAGCAGUUGACAACAAAAGGCUUCCCCCGCCUUUAGACUAUCGUCUACACAUAAUAUUUACAGGGGGAACGCUUCUCUCUACCUAUAGCCUGCCUUGUUUAACAGAGAGCCAAAGUGCAUCAGAUGAAGAAGCCCACUCUGAGGAAGGAAAGCACGACGUCCUCACAGGUCCCUGUGUCCGCUCCCAGCCCCAAGCUCAUCUCCUGGCACACCUAUAUAGAGGGAGACACCACGCAAUUAGUGGGCCCAGCUGUGUACUAAUUGGCUUUACACUGAGUACCUAUCUUCUAAGGAGGGUGCUGUCGUGUCGUCUUCCUCCGGCCGGUCACUGAACUCUCUCACAAUAUAUAUUUUUUAAUAAGUUUGAGUCCCAGAGUGACUUCCGGCGAUGCAAUGGCAGACUAGUUAGUCACUCAGAUGCACUCUGUGUGAACUUUUUACAUUUGUCAAAUUAUCCUAUUCCACUGUGUUAACCCACUUCGAAAAGUGAACAAAACACUUGGUCUGAGCAUGGCGAGCAAGCUUCGAAACAAAAUAAGUUAGUCACAGGAUCUAGUCCACGCUCUUUAGAUCUGCCUCUGGAUUUAUUCAAUCAGAAUCUGUGAAACAGUUAGCUAGUUGUUUUAUAUCAAAUCAUAAUUCAACAUGGUUAAAGUCCGAGUUUUAUAAUCACUAACAGGACUUUGGCUCUUUUCUUGCAGCAAAUCCGAUGGAAAAACUGACAUCUACUUCUGGAAGACUAUUUCAACACACUGAUUCAAAUGGACAUUUAAAACUAUUUGUUUCAGAUGAGACAUGAUGUGUGGGACAAAUUAUUUUAAAGUAAAGGCACCUGGAGUGAAGAUGCAGUUGACGGUUUGCAAGACAAAGUUCACCUUCCAUACUUUGUUAGCUCUGGUCCAGGGCAUUAGUUUGCAUGCCUCCA